AUGUCGACGCUUUUCUUGGCUUUCCUUCGCCCGACCCGCCCGCCACUGCCCAAGGGCCUCCACCACAGAGACCCCUCAGCCUUCCCCCUGUGGCCCGCUCGAAGCCCCACUGCAUGCUCUGCAUGCAGUGCAUGCACAGCUGGCUUGGCCUUAAGGCAGAGGCUGCAUGCCCUUUGUCGAGCGAAGCCCUCCUGCAGCAGCAGCAGCAGCAGCAGCAGCAGCAGCGGCCAGGGCAACCGCAGCAGCAACCACUGCCUCCCACACAGCAUCAGUAGGCGCUGCUGCGGCAGCAGCGCCUCCAACACCCACCCAACGAGCAGCAGCAGCAGCAGCAGCAGCAGCAGCAUAUUCCACCACCGCGCCUUCUCCACUUCCUCAGGUACCCUUUACAGCCCCACACAUGAAUACCUCAGGUUUGUCGCCCCUAAAAGCUGCGAGGCUGCUGCAGGCAUUUCAGAGUUUGCUGCAGAGCAGCUGGGGGAGGUCGUUUACAUAGAGGCCCUCGUGACGCCGGGGGCCCCCCCGGGGGGCCCCCCUGGGGGCCCCCCUGGGGGCCCCGCUGGGGUCGCCCCUGGGGAUCCCGCUGGGGGACCCCCUGGGGCCUCCCUCCCUGGGGGCCCCCCUGGGGGCCCCCUGGAGGGUCCUGACGGAGAUACUAAAAGCAGAACCCACGGAGAUCCCCAGGGGGCCCGCUGGGGGGCACCGCAUGAGGGGCCCCCGGGGGCCCCUGAGAGAAGUCCCCGGGGCCCUUCGUGGGUUGAGAGGGGGGCCCCUGUGUGUACACUGGAAGCAGUAAAGGCUGUUGCUGAGGUGUAUGCUCCUGCUGCUGGUCACAUUAUAGAGUAUAAUGAAAAGAUAAAAAGAGACCCUGGGCUCAUUAAUAGGGACCCCGAGGGGGAAGGCUGGAUCUUCAAGAUUGCUGUAGACCCGCCUGCUGCUGCUGCUGCUGAGGAGCCUGCAGUAGCAGCAGCAACAGCAGCACAAGAAGCAGCUAGAGAUUCUCUUCUCUCCGCAGCGGCCUAUGCAGCUCAUGUAAACAAAGAGACACUCGCAGAGGUCGAAGGCUAA